GCGCCGCUGCUAAGGGGCUGACAGCUCGAUGAGCGCGCCGUGGUAGUUUGGCUGAGGGGGCUGCGCGCAGCAUGGGCACCGGGGACUACGUCUGCGUGACUCUGCGUGGUGGCGCACCGUGGGGAUUCACCCUAAAAGAGGGAGAGGGGGACAUUUACAGACCUUUACUCGCUUCCCAGGUGGAAGAUGGCAGUCACGCCUGCCUGGCUGGAGUCCAGGAGGGUGAUGAGGUGGUGUCGAUCAACGGGGAGCCCUGCGGUGAUCUCACACUUUUACAAGCUCUAGCACUCAUCGAAAAAUCCAUUACCAGUCUGCAAUUACUUCUUAAAAGAUACAACUUCAUCCCCUCUGAAGACUGUGAAUCAGAAGGGAUGUACCUCAGUGAAGGGGUCUCUUCAGAUGAGAAUUUGAAAACCACCACCCUCCACAUCAUUUCCCCAAAGUCUGAAAUCCCAAGGGAGUUCUACAUAUCUGAUCCCCAAGGUAAGGUCCUCCAUCGGGAGUUGGACAGCGACACAGAGGCUCCCCACAGAGGUAAUUUAUCAGAUGAUUUGGGAGGUCAUGAGCUGGUUUCUAAGCACAAGAAGGAAGUACAACGGUGCUUCUCCCCUGGAGAAUUCGUGGAGCUUCAGGUGUCCUUGUCUGAGCAAACCUUGGACGAUAAGGGCUACACCUCUCUUGGGAGUGCUCAAGGGUUUAAGGGGGACUUUUCAACCAUUGAAACAGUUCACACCACCUCAUCACACCAUGUGCCUUGCCCCGUUAGAAAGCCACUCAGGCAGCACGGUGUGGUGGUCAGUGCUCCCUCGGUGGAGGUCACUUUGAAGCUGCCAGAUGCAUCAGGGACAGGGAGGGGCACUCUGAGUGUGGGUGGCCCUACUGUCAUUGAAGACGUUGGGUCGCAAAGUGAAAAGGAGGAAGGAGGGGAACUCUGCCAGCCUGCUCCUGGGUCUUUCACCGUCUCAUUCGAAAUUCCAUUGGACGAAGCAACUCUAGCCGAAGAUCAGGAAGACUCUGACUCUGAAGGGGAUCAAGAAAAACCCAACAAGCAUCGUGCAAAACAUGCAAGGCUCAGACGUAACGAGAGCCUGUCAGAGAAACAGGUGAAGGAAGCCAAGUCCAAAUGUAAACGUAUUGCUCUCCUGCUGUCGGCUGCUCCUCCAAACCCCCACAACAAGGGGGUGUUGAUGUUCAAGAAACAUCGUCAGAGGGCCAAGAAAUACACGCUUGUAAGCUACGGCACAGGAGAAGACGAACCGGAGUUCAGCGACGAAGAAGACGAGGUGAACGGAGACGACAAGCAAGAAAUCCCAGCUGGUGAAUUUAGCUUUGAAGCUACUAUUGAUUGCGAAUCAAACAAGCAUUUUCUUUUGAAUGCUCCAGGUAGUAAAGGUGUGCUGACUUUUAAGUUGGAGAAGAGUCUUGUUGAAAUUAACAAUAACUUGAACGAACAAGCAGAGAUGGAAUGUUAUCCCGAAACCAAAGGCAAGGGUGCACUGAUGUUUGCUCAAAGGCGUCAGAGGAUGGAUGAGAUUACCGCUGAACAUGAGGAACUUCGGCGCCACGGGAUACCUGUGGAAGCAGUGCCAGAGAUGGAAAAAAAAGUUGUGGAGCAGUCCUACAUGCAGUCCACAACAGAGGGUCAUGCUUACAUGGAUGUAAAUAUGCACCAACAAAACCAACAGAAGUACCAGCAGUAUCAGGAGCAACAGUACUAUGAGCAACAACAGAACUACCAACAGCAGCAACAGUAUCAACAAUAUCAGCAGCAGCAGUAUGAGCAACAAUACAAGCAACAGGAAAUGUAUCAGCAACAGCAACAAUAUCAUCAAGAGCAGCAGCAAAUGCAACACUAUUCUACAAGCAUCAAUGGCACAAUCCAACAUCAAACUAAUGAAAUUCAGAGUUCUUACAGCAAUCGUACUGCAAAACCUUUUACAGCAGAAAAUGUGGUGGCAACCCCUUAUUCUCAUGGAGCAAGUGGGACCAAUCAAGAUUCUGUGGGCCAAGGAGAGCAGAUAGCUUCCCGCGAUGAACGCAUUUCUACUCCUGCAAUUAGGACUGGCCUACUAUUGGACUCAAGGAGAAAGAAUACCAGCAAGCCUAUGUUCACAUUUAAAGAAGCCCCAAAAGUAUCACCUAACCCUGCAUUGCUGAACCUUCUCAACAGAAGUGACAAAAAAGGGUGUGAGUCUGGACCUGAGGAAGACUAUCUUAGUCUCGGGGCUGAAGCUUGCAAUUUCCUUCAGUCCCAAAGACUUAAACCUAAGAUUCCUCCACCAGUUGCUCCAAAGCCUGUGAUCAACCCCAACUCCCCUCCUUGGUCUGCUCAAAUUGAAGCAGCCAACCAGGGCAUGCCUCAGUGUGCUGAAAAUAGUCUGUCCACACCUGCUGCAGCCCCAACCACAGAGAUGGUCCCUGCUUCAGAACUGGAGCCAACUCCUGCACCUGCCACUGAGCCUCCUACCCUUCCUAACCCUGAGGAAACUACUGCAGACCCCCCCACAGCAGAACAGCAUUCAUGGACUCUACCAGAGUCAGAGUCCCAACAGCAGCCUCCACAAGUGACACCUCAAGAGGCACAUGGUCAGGUGAUUUCUGCUCAACAUUCUGAGACCUCUCAAAUGACCUCAUGGGGUUCCGCACAGGCACAAACACAUCAAAAGUUAUCAGCUUGUUCAUGGCAAUCAGCACAAGUGCAGCCUCAGAACCCAACUCCAAGUCAUUCUGUACCACAGCCACCAUGGGUAACACGUAAGGCUGCUCAGAGCCAAACACAGAUUCAACUAACCACAAAUACUUGGGCCCCUCAUGGACAACCAUCCUGGACUCAGCAUGAAGAGCAAGCACAACCUCAGACAAAUAUUCAGCCACCCUGGGCCCAGCCUCAAGAGCAACUUCAAUCCCAGCCACAGGUUCAGCCACCAUGGGCACACAUGAAGGAGAAGCCACCCUUGCAGCAAACACAUCCAUCCUGGAGUCAACAUCAAGAACCAUUGGAGACACAUCCCCAGAAUCCAUGGACACAGCCAUCCCAAACAGACUCCCAACAGCAGCAGCCAUGGGUUCAACAACCUCAGCAAAAAGCUCAAGUGGAACCUCCAUGGGUUCAACAAGUUCAGCCAGAUAUACAACCACAACCUCCUUGGGUUCAACAGGUUCAGCCAGAAACACAGUCACAACCACCUUGGGGACAGCAACAGCAUCAUCCGGCUCUGCCACAAUCAUGGGCAAAUGCCCAGGUACCAGGCCAACCUCAACCAUCCUGGGUCUCAACACCACCUCAACAGCAACCUCCUGGUAAUUCAUGGUCACAAACGCAAACACAAGCCCAAACUCAGCCAUUGUGGAUGAAUGCAGCUCAAAUACAACCUCAAGCACAGGCUCAAGUUAAUCUGAAUCCAUGGGCACCAGUUCCUCCCCAAUCCCCAUCUCAGACUUCAUGGGCUAAGCAACCUCCAGAACAUGGUGGCGAGCAACACACAAGUUCUUGGUGCCAGGAGCAAAAUCAGGCCCAAAAUCAGCCAUCCUGGGCUCAACCGGUUCCUUUACAGCCCACACUACAGUCCAACUGGCAACAGUCCCUUUCAAACACAUCUCAACAACCACAACUCAAUACAUGGUCUUCAGGUCAAGCUCAGCCUCCAACAACGGUUAAUGACUGGAGACCACACCUACAGCAGACAUCUCUGAAUGUCCCCAUGUCUACAGUAAACACCCAACCUUCUCCUAAACCAUGGCAUCCAUCGCAAAAUCAGACUCCUCCACCACGACGGAUGUUCUCUUAUACUAUUGGUCAAAAAGCUGCAUCACCUGUCAACCCACUGGCCACUGUCUUAAAUCCUAAAUUGUCCCAGGGUUCAGCAUUUGAGAUGCCAGUCAUCAGAGGGAAAGGAGCUGACAUGUUUGCUAAGAGGCAAUCCCGUAUGGAGAAGUUUGUUGUGGAUUCUGAGACUGUGGAAGCCAACAAAGCAAGCCGGUCAACAUCGCCAGCUGUGUCCUUACCAAAUGAAUGGAAGUAUACACCCAAUGUACGUGCUCCACCUCCCAAGGCUUACAAUCCUAUUCAAUCUCCAUUUUAUCCCCCAGCAGCAAUAAAACAGCCCCCUGCAACUAGUCCUUCAAUCAAAGCAAAGAAAAAAGAUAAAGAUAAACCAAUGCCUACCCCUAAACCACUGAAUGUUAUUGAUGUCAUGAAGCAUCAACCCUAUAAACUAGAUUCUGCACUCUUUAUCUUUGGCCCAGGAGUAGAGGCUGCCAAGCCCCCUACACCAAAGCCCACCUCACCCCCUAAUUCACUUCCCGACAGCCAAACAAUUGGUAGAUAUCCACAAAUUUCUCCAGCACAGCAAUCUGGACCGUUUAGGACCCCAUAUCCCCAUCAAGACUAUGGGAUACCUACACAGCCUGUAGUGCAUGAUCCCCAUUGUCAGCACGCCCAAACUAAUGUUUAUCCUUAUCAGCCACCCCCCGGUGGUCUAUACCAACAAGAAUAUAACCAGCAGUAUCAGCAACCUGUUCCACCAGCGUAUCAAUUCCAAGCCCCUCAGCCUUUAAACCUUCCCUACCAACAGGCUGCUUACCAGCCAGCCAGUAGCCCUCCCUAUCUGGCAGCUCCCUCAGUACCAUACAAAGCUCAGCCUACUAGUAGCUACAAUGCCCCAAGCUUCCCUUUGGCUGCUAGGCCUGAGUCUAUAAAUGGUGGCAGUACUGGAGCUGCACCCAAACCUAAGUUUACAGCCAACAAAAGCUCAGCUCAGGUGUGGAAGCCAACAUCAGUCGAAAAAGAGUGAUUUAUAUAGGCAAAUGGCAGGCUCAUUGCCUAGUUGGGUUGAGACAGUUUGUGCUCUUGUAAUACACUGGCCAGUGGAAACGUUUGAGCACAUAGUAUAAACUUGCUUGUUCAAUCAAUGUCUCCACCCUGUUGACUUUUUAUUGGCUUAAAAAGCUUGUUAGAACUUUUUAGCAGUAAUUUAUAUUAGUUCAGUAACACAUUAAGACCUUUAAGUUACCCACAACUGAGUCAACAAAGGUAGAUUUUGUUGAUGUAUGCUAAAUUGAUGCAGGUGUGUACAAAUCUAAGUGGGUGAUGUUAAGAAUAUAGGGGAGCAUUUUGGUCCGUAUGAGAAGAAAGCAAGGAGAGGUCGGAAGUGAAUGGAAAAAAGAUAUGGUGUAUAUGCUGUAAUGCAACAUCGGGAAAGUCAAGUAAUGACAUAAAAAGCAACUUUGGGUUUGUAGGUCAAGUUAAACUCAUGAGAUACAGAAAUUCUCUUUGUGAUACUAAAAAAAUUGCUUAAACUAACUUGACUGGUAAUUAAGUGAUUAUUAAUUCAAUGUUUUGUGUGUUUCUGUAUUUUUAUUUAAUGAUUUUUUUCAUGUCUCCUUCUUAGGUGGGUUAGUUUUAUUUUAGUCUCCUUACCAGCUGUUGCAUCAUGUUAGAUGCUAUAUUUAAAGUGCCUUAAGAGAAGUCCAGUUUUGAGGUCCACAUACUAGUGUAGGCUUAGGUUUCACUUCAGGCAACUGAAAGCUACCAUCUUUCAGACCUUAAUAUUAAUGCAUCUUCUUCUUUUUAACAACAUGCUAUGAUUGGGUCAUAAUUAAUUUUCAAAAUAGAAUCAGUGAAGGAGUAAGUUUUAUGAGUAAAAUGUAUAUUUGGUACAGAGCUUCCUUUGUUGUUUUUGUUUGUUUCCCCUCAUUGUGCACUUUAUGUAUCAUUUACUGCAGUGAAAUUAAACUAUCUCUUAACCUUC